GCCUUCUAUAGAGCCAAAUACUCGUCGGACCUUGACACCACUCCAUCUCCAAACGACAACUUUUUCUCCGCUCUCCAAGCUCUCUUGUUUUUCUGGUUUGGGUUUGAGGGUGCCUUGAGUAAUAAUAUGACCAAGAUGGGUGUGGUGAGCUUAGCGUCUGCUUCUACUUCUUCAAGGGUAGCUAGUUUUGUAGUUUUGGGUUUGGUUUUGAACUUGGCUGUGGUUGGCAAUGGAGGUAUAACAAGCCCUUUUGUGAGGAAAGCUGAGAAGACUGUUGAUAUGCCUUAUGAAAGUGAUGCCUUUGAAGUCCCUCAUGGCUAUAAUGCACCUCAACAAGUUCAUAUAACACAAGGAGACCACAAGGGAAAGGCCAUGAUUGUGUCAUGGGUCUCUGUGGAUGAAAAAGGCUCCAGCAAAGUGCUUUUCUGGAGUGAAGGUCAAAAGAAAAGGAUGGCUGAAGGCAAAGCUAAAACCUAUACAUACCAUGAUUACACUUCUGGUUACAUUCACCACUGUACCAUCAGAAACUUAGAGUACAAUACCAAAUAUUACUAUGUGGUUGGAAUUGGGCACACUGAGAGGUUGUUCUGGUUUGUAACUCCUCCUGAAGUUGGGCCAGAUGUCCCUUACACAUUUGGUCUCAUGGGGGAUUUGGGCCAAACCUUUGAUUCAAACUUGACACUUACUCACUAUGAAGAAAACCCACUUAAAGGACAAACAGUUUUGAACCUUGGAGACCUCUCUUAUGCAGAUAAUCAUCCCAAUCAUGACAAUGUUAAGUGGGAUACAUUUGGAAGAUUCAUUGAGAGAAGUGCUGCUUAUCAACCUUGGAUUUGGACUGCAGGGAACCAUGAGAUUGAUUAUGCUCCAGAAAUUGGUGAAUACAAACCUUUCAAGCCGUACACUCACAGGUAUAAUGUCCCACACAAAGCAUCAGGGAGCCCUGCCCCUUUCUUUUACUCAAUCAAGAGAGCUUCAGCAUACAUCAUAGUCUUGUCUUCAUAUACAGCUUAUGGUACAUUUUUUUCCCUACUCUACCAAAAGUUAACCACUCCUCAGUACCAAUGGCUUGAGCAGGAGCUACCAAAAGUUAAUAGGAGUGAGACACCAUGGUUGAUUGUCUUACUGCAUUCCCCAUGGUACAACAGCUACAACUAUCAUUACAUGGAAGGAGAGAGCAUGAGAGUCAUGUUUGAGUCGUGGUUCGUGCAGCACAAGGUUGACGUAGUCUUUGCUGGUCAUGUCCAUGCCUACGAACGAUCUGAACGUGUAUCGAAUAUUGCCUAUAAUAUUGAAAAUGGAAAGUGCUCUCCGGUGGUGAAAGAUCAAUCUGCGCCGGUGUACAUUACCAUUGGAGAUGGAGGAAAUAUUGAAGGCUUGGCAACCAAUAUGAGGGAGCCACAGCCAGAUUACUCAGCUUAUAGAGAGGCCAGUUUUGGUCAUGCCAUUUUCGACAUCAAGAACCGAACUCAUGCCUUCUACAGUUGGCACCGGAACGACGAUGGAGUUGCAGUGAAAGCCGAUUCUAUGUGGUUUUUCAACAGAUACCAUCAUCCUGUUGAUGAUUCUACAAGUUCCCAAUCAUGAUCAUGGGAAAAGAAAAAAAAAAAUUGCUCUUGUUUUCUAGAAUAAAUUCAGAUGUGUAUCUUAUUUAAGUUAGUCAAUAUUUUCUGUGGAUGUUGGUAGGCUAUGUUUGGUUCGUCUCUCUAUUUCUACCAUUUAUAAAUCACCAAGGAUCUAUGUGUGAUCUGUUUUGA